ACCAUGGCAAACCAGGUAAGAUCUUGUGGUGAGAAAUUCAGGUUUGUAGUGUCUAAAUGGAUCCCAGAACCAUACUCAGAAUUCCUAGUAAAUGUAAAGCUGAAAUAGCUAGCUCACUCUGAGUUGGGUGUUCUAGUCCUAUGAUUUCCUCUGGUAAUUUGGUAAUUGGUGGUUGUCCUCUGGAUGCUUGAUCAUAACAACCGAAGCAGGUUGGGGGCAAAACAUUAAGCUUUGCAGUUUGGAUUAUUUGAGCAUGAGUUCUUCUGAAGGAUCUUGCGAGUAACACUCUCUAUAUAAGUUAUGUAGAGGUGUUCUAGAGGAAGAACACUAAAGCCUGCGUAAGUAAAAGUUACUGAAAAAUGCCAUUCUUAUUUUUGGAAAUCCUUGUUCUUCAGAAUACUAAAUGAGGGAGGCAACCUGUGUUAAUACGGCUGUUUCUCUCCUCUUUUGUGUAGUUACCCCACUUCCUUUUUAACUGUGGCUUUUUGGGUGUUUUUUAUUUUGGAGGUGCUUUUUUACGCCUCUUACUUCCUGGCCUUGCAUCUGGGUUUUUAGUUUUCCCCUCAGCCAAGUUAGUGCCUGUUCCUGGUCUGCUUUCUCCUUGCGUUCCAUUAAUGGGCCUCCUGUCAUUGUUCCUGGCCUGAGGGAGUGACUGGCAGCUAGGUAGUGAGGAGAGGCAUCUCACAUAAGCAAGAAGAAGUCCUAGGAAAGGGGAGAUAGGGACAGAUGAGAUUGCUUCUGAGCAGGAGUGAUGAUUUUUCUGCCUGUUCAUCACUCACUGUGCUACUGAAGACUUUUUUUUGAGAGUCCAAGACCUCAAAUGGAGCACAAUCCAGUCCUAAGCUAAUUAACACAUAGGAUUGACCAGCAUCGAAGGGCUAACUGCUUUUUUCCUAAUUCCAAGAGGAAGCUGUCAAUCCUUUAGCCAGCUUGACAAGUCAGGGGAAUAUGGCUGUUCAUACAAUCCUUUGGCUCUGUUAUUUUUGCCAGGCGUUUUCCCCAGAGGCUGCUUUCCCUCAUGGGAGGCGGAGGGAGAAAUGGGACCCCAGGCUUCUUUCAAGGGCAAGGACUUGCUUGGGAAAAAACGAGAAUGUCUCCAGGCCUACAGCUGGUGGAGAACACCACAGAAAAAACGAAAGAAAAAGAACAAAAUAAAACCAGGAAGAAUAGAGUUUGUUAGUAGUAGUAGUUCAGCCAGACCGGAUUAUUCAAUAUUUGUUGGGGAGCUUACUCCAGAAGUGGAUGAUUUCCAGCUCUAUGACUAUUUCCUAAAGAGGUAUCCCUCAUGUAUUGACUGCAAAAUAGCAACAGACCUGCUGGGAUAUUCCAGAGGGUAUGCCUAUGUCAGAUUUGGUGAGCAAGGUGAUCAGAUGAGGGCACUGCAAGACUGCCAGAAUGCACCAGGUCUGGGGGGAAAACGAAUCCGGCUGAGCAUAGGAAUUUCUAAAAGGAAUAAGCCACAAACAUGUUUUCUUGCUUCGGCUAUCCAGAAGAACGUCAACAGUAUUUUCAGAUUUUCCUUCCCUACAGAACUGUAUGUAGGAAGAGUGCAGUUGGAAGCAGAAGACGUAAGACUGAAAGCAGAAUUCCAGCGGUACCAGUCAUACAACUAUAAUGAUUAUUACCAAGAUUAUCAGAACUACUACUCGCAGUGGAGUUACGAUGCUUAUGCUGACUACAACUACAGCUCCUAUGCUCCCUAUGACAGCAUGCAAGCUGUUGGAGACUGCUCUUUAGGAGAUGCUGUAAUGGCUCCAGCUGUUUUUGAGGAAUCUUCAGUUAUGACUGAAAUCAGUGAUGACCUAAUUACUGAAGAUCCACAGCUCUACUUGGAUGUUGAUGAAAUGAACAGACAAUUCAUGGAGACAAGCGAAGAACUCUACGAUUCACUCAUGAAUUGUCACUGGCAACCUCUGGAUACGGUCACUUCUGAAAUCCCCUCUGCUAUUUAAGUGUCUUAUAUAGCAUGACCGUUAUGACCAAGGGAUGCUCUGGACCAACCGCUUCUUUCUAGCGCUACCUCAAAGUAACUUGCAUAUAGAACUCACAGGGAAGAUUGAUCAAAUGGUGAUGAUCGCUGUCGUUCUGCUGGACACGCAUAUACUUGCCUUUCGUUUUGGCUCAUUUUUAAUACCAAUUAACUUCAGUGACUCACGUUAAUAGACACCGUUUGACUGCAUUGGCAAAUAUUUCUGAGUUAUCAGUGUCAUUAAAGGCCUGUCACCCUAUGGAAAUCCUUCUAAAUAAGAAAAAUGGAAUUUAAAUAAAUAAAGCAGCAUUUGAACUUAUGA